GAUAAACAUCGCCAGCCUCACGUAAUCUUUACCCCAAAAACGACAGAUAGGAUGGCGACCUCUCGCGAUGCCCCGAACCCCCUACGACCCUACUAUAUCCCGCCAUCUAUUGGUCCGCCGCCAGAGGUCCCGCAGAACCAGACGUCCUCGUCAUUACCGCCCGCUUUUAAGCCCAGCAACAGUAGUAAAUCGAGUCUGGGCAGUCAGGCACGCGACAUUCUUUCCGACCUAGACUAUGACUCGUACUUUCCAGAGGCCUCGCCUACAGUAGCCGGGCAUGCGAAGAAACUGCUCGAUCAUGCUUUAUGGAAUUACACGAGUGUCCUGCUCGCCCAACCAUUCGAGGUCGCAAAGACGAUCUUGCAGAUACACGAGGCAAAAGGACAAUUAGCAGGCUUAACAGGUGAAGAGUUCGGCCACAAGAGCCGGCCCCAGAGCUUUGCGAGCGGCAAGUUUGAGGAUUAUCCGCCCUCUGAUGAGGAGUCUGAUGAGGACUCGCCGGGAUACUUCACAUCCACUGCCCCGCGCAUGAACCCCACGUCGCCGUCGCCAUAUUCGCCUUCUGUCUCACGAUCGGGCGUCUCAGAAUCGAGGUCUCCACGACGACGCCAGCGACGCCUCGAUAGCCGAUCCCGGUCACGAACACCCACACGGCCCCCACAAUCCGCUGUACGAAAACUAGACCUCAAGCGUCCAGACUCACUCCUCGAAGUGAUAGCACAAUUAUGGCAGAAGGAGUCUGCGUGGGGUGUGUGGAAGAGCACCAACUGCACCUUCAUCUACAACUUCCUGCUCAAGACGACUGAGGGCUGGUUCAGGAGUUUGAUAUCAGCUCUGCUGAACAUACCUGACCCAGGUCUUGUAGGCUCAGCAGGAAGUGGAAUUGGAGGGCUGGAUAUCCUGGACAGCCCAAGCCCACUGACAUCCCUGGGUGUUGCUGUCGCUGCUACAGCCAUUGCAGCCACCCUCCUCGCACCCCUCGACAUGGUGCGCACACGCCUCAUCAUCACUCCCAUCUCUUCUUCCCCGCGAUCUAUAUACCCAUGCCUCUCCCUUCUGCCCUCUUUCUCCGUCACUCCCAGCCUCCUCCCAGCUACCAUAAUGCACGCCUGCGUGCCUACACUCAUCUCCUCCUCAACCCCCCUCUUCCUCCGCUCAACCCUGAGCAUCGACCCUAUCCUCACGCCAACCACCUAUUCUUUCAGCACAUUCCUCUCCUCCACAGCCGAGCUCUUCAUCCGCCUCCCCCUCGAGACUGUCCUCCGCCGCGGCCAGGUCGCCGCACUCCAGGACCACGAAACCCAGCGUCUUGCGUCUGAGUACCAGGCCCCACCCAGCCGUGCUAAGAGCCCAGCUUAUGGUCUGGAUAAACCAAGCUCCUCCGACCAGAGCUUCAAGACUAUCGUCGAGCCGGGUCAGUACAGGGGUGUGCUGGGUACUAUGUGGUUCAUUGCCCGCGAAGAAGGCAUCAGUGUUUCCACCCCGAAUGCUGCUAAGACGGCGAGUGCAAAGGCGAUGGGCUUUUCAAGGCCGCCGCGCACAAGGAAGGGUCAGGGUGUGCAUGGGUUGUGGCGUGGUUGGAGAGUAGGUGUCUGGGGAUUGGUGGGCAUCUGGGGUGCUGCUGCGCUUGGUGGUGGCGGCGGCGAGUUUUAGACUAUGGUAUUGCAGGUUAAGCACUAGGCACUUGAGCGAUGAUGUUAUUUGGUAGAUUGUGUCGUUUUGUUAUGAUCUUCGGGUAAGCAUGUUGGGCGAUGCUAUAUACACCACUCUUAGCUGAUGUUGAACGAAUAUUUUUCCAUUGAGUCAGCAUAUUGUUUCGAUCAUUCUUAAAUUCCUGCUUCAUGUCAUCUGCUUCAAUGAGUCUUCCAACCAGGACAUGAGUUAUUCUCACCAAAAAACGCGACUAUGGUCAUUCGAGUAACAAGGCAGGAUCUAACUUGAGUUGCGCAUCAGAUUGAUGCACAUGGCACGACUAUCAUGUCUGCUGAAGUGGUGGUCCGCUUCAUCGGACGACUGUCAACGUGAUAAACAACCUAGACAAACGUGUUUUGAGACCUUAGGGGACCGCAUGGUAUAUCAAAAGGAAAUAGUCUGCUGACUGUGGCCUUGGGUUUGUAACAGCUUCCGAAAAU